AUAUUGUGAGAAAGUGAAUGAAAAAGAUAUUUAUCCGUGUUUUGGAAAAUAAAAAGAAGGAACAACAAUAAUAAUAGUAUGUACGAUCAGAGCUGCUUCUUCGCGUGAAAUUAGAUCUAGCGGUAAGCUUUUUCAAUUUUCAGGUAUCCUAUGAAUAAAACGACACAAACUAUAAAAGUUCAUCUAAUUUUUUUGCAAUUUCUUUGUUUUCGUAAAAUUUGAAUUUAUUCUCACCAAACAAAUAACAGCAGCUUUCAUGCAAAGUUUACCAAAACAAAAUGUUCCCAUAUAGCAUUGGUUUUCCCACAAAAAAUAUAAAGAUAUCAAAAGCUCAAGCAUAGAGAGAAAUAGAGUAAAGAAGAACAAUCAUUUCAAAAGCAAAGCAUUUGUCACUUUCUCCUGCUUCCUCACCUAUCAUCCAAACCAAAAGCAAACACUACUUUCCUUUCCCCCGAUCCGACGUCGUUUAAUAUCUCAGUGAGACAUAUCUCCAAACAUCAUCGACCAGCGAUUACACAGGAAAAUGCAAGAUCCGCGCAACCAGGUUCCACCUUCUCCCACAAUCUCCUCCGUCUCUUCCUCCGAUCUUGAUACAGAGGACUGUAAGUAGAAGUAUAUGGAUGUGGGUGUGACGAUAUUUCAAAGAAGGUUAUGCGCUCGUCUCUCGGGACCAGUAACGGGACACGUAGGGUUGUCUAAAUGAGUAGACACGUGUCCAUAACGCCCCUUCGAUAACCCCGGUCGGACGCCGGGGGAUCGGGCUGUUACAAUUGGUAUCAGAGCGGGUUAAGAUCCCUUAGUUCCGUCCUAAGGGAUCAGCAUUUCCGACGUUUAAAAAAAAAAAAAAAAAAAACUUGUUUUCAUUAAAAAGAAAAGAGUUUGUGAAAGUUUUGAUUCUCCUAAAAGAUCUGAAAACGAUUUCAAAACCACCCACUAUAUUUAUACUUCUAGUAUGGUUCUGAUCGGAUGUCUACUUGAAAGAUGUCUUCGACAAUCAGUAACGACCAGAGAGACAUGAAUGUAAGAGAAUACAAUAAGGAUGUAAUCCCCCGAGGAGAUUUGUCGGGCACCCUCUAAGGGAGAGAGAACUGAUUCACCGCUUCCUGAAGGAAAUGAAAACCGAUUUGAAGAAUAGUUGUGACGUGCAAGAUUACUGGGAUCAUGAGCUAAUCAAGAUUACGUGCAGAGUUAUAGUUUUGGUUGUAAGAAGAUCAUAGGCUAACCAAGCAUCACAUACUCAGAGCCCAAGGGGAACUUGCGACAUCGCCAUUACCACAAGGCGGUUUCGUUGUGACAAGAACGGAAGUGCGAGAAGAACCACACUAGGAUAUAAUGGAUGGGAGCAUACUACUAGUACAACCAGUAGGACUAUGAUAGGAGGUUCGUUCAUCAAGGAAAACAUGGUCAGACCGAAGGACUCAAGGAUGAGGAUAUGUUCGGUGCGGAGUAGCUAAACACCAAGUCAGGACCUGCUGCGGUUGGAGUUUGGAAUGAUAUGAAGUGACAGAAUUUUGGGAUGCGUAUUUAGAGGUGUACCAGUGUUCGGGGAUGUUGCAGUAUGUUAGGGAUAGCAUCGGGGCUUAGCGAGAAUCUAUACGGAGGUCAAAGAUUAAUGAAUAGGAAGAGAGCUAGGAAAGCAGACCGUGACCAAGCACAUGGAGUUAAUGUAUUGUAUUGGCAUGUACUCAUAAUCCUCGAUAGGAGAGGAGAGUAGUCCGUAAUGGAAUAAAGAUUAGGAUAUGGAUAUAAGCUAUCUUGAUGUUGUAAGCUUAAGAGUUAAGUGUAAAGGAGAAUGAUUUGUAUUUGGAAGUGAAAGCUCUAAGUAUUGGAUACCAUUGCUGCAGUCGCCGGGUAUGCAAACGCUUUUGAGCAUUUUUUUAAGGACCCAUGGAACUGAAAUAGUGCAUACACCAUAGAGCGGAAAUACAGAACAUUGUCUAGUCAAAGGAACCAUAUCGGUUAGCACCAUAUAGUUCGUUGAGUUGUUGGAACCUACAGCAAGUAGCUUUGGAGUUCACUAAGAGCGAUUUGACAUUACGGUAUUGCCAGAUUCUGAUAUCAAAGAAAAACAUCCAGGAGACAACAUUAUGAGUUGGUAAUGGACAUUACCAGUUGUAGAAGUGUGUCUUUAGAUCAACUGAUGCGCAACAUGUUCAUGUGAAGUGGAUGUACGAUGCCGCAAGCGUAUUAAGAUAAGCACGCGAUAGUGAUGAUCGAAGAUACAAUAUUCUAUUCCACCGAAGAGUGUGACGGUAUUUGGGAGUAGCUUGUUAAGUUUCAUGAGAUGAAGUGCUCGCUAAGUUAAUCAACGGAGAUGUGGUUGGGUACCACGCAACGGUGAAGGAAGAGACCAUGGGACAAGUUAUUGGUCGCAAUGGGCAUUAUAGUGGGCAGCAGACAUAUUUAUCAGAAUUCGAAGAGGAACUGCCAUGGGUAAAGAUAAAGAGGGUUUUAAUGGAGCUUUGCAGUUGAGAUUUGUUAGUUGAGAACAGUGGGGUGUAAGGCCGUAUAUGAUUGAUGCAAGAGUUGUAUGUGUCAAAUGGAAAUGGAACAUGAUAACAAUAUAUUUUUGUUGUUGGGUCGCCAAGGAUAUCGCAAUCAACCUAUGUGGUGUACAUGUGUGUUGAGCUUAGAGAGGAAGUAGGUUAAUGGAGCUGAUAUUAGUUGAAUCCAUGCAAGACAUUAGCUACGAGUCGAGCAAAUGGAUAUCCCCUAUGAGAAUUGUAUUAACAACCAUGUUGAAUCCCUUAUGUCGGACCAAAGUGGGGGAGAUCUGAAUCUCGAGCCUGAGAUGAUCCAGGAAACCGCUUAGCAGAUAUAAUUGUUGAUGAUGAGCUGCUUUAUGAAAGGAUAGAAGAGGUACAUGACCAUUAGAGAAUUACGUCGACAAGAGUGGUGGUGAUAUGGAAAUGCAUAUGAGAUGAAAGCAAUCUAGGGAUGAGAACGCGGUUGGAGAAUCGAUGGGGAUUUAAGAAGACGUUGGAUCUCCGUGAGGAAUAUGGAACCUGGCCUGUUGCAUGAACCAUUAGAUUUCAAAGGACGAGUUGUUUACCCAUUUGGGUUCGGGAUGCUAAGUUGGAUUACCGACACACAGAAUUCGGGGACGAAUUCCAUUCAAGUGGGGGAGAAUUGUAACGGCCCGGUUCAUGGCCCAAAAAUUCUCAUAAAAGAUUGGGCUUCUCUACGGCCCAUUUGACAAAAACCUAGGGUUCCCUUCACCCUUUCCUAUAAAAAGAGAUGCAGCCCCUUCUUUUCUCUCAUUUCUGAAACUUGAGCGAAGCUCUGCAGAGAUUUAGAGAGACUAGGAAACCCUAGCCGUCAAGCUUCUCUUUUCCUUUUCUCUCUUCUUCUCUCACGCCUCUCUUUCUCUCUCUCCCUCCGUGAUCUCUCUUCUCUCUCCUUGCCGCGAGCCCCCCCCAAGAGCAAGCCGAGCCGCCAGUGGUGGUGGUGGUGGUGGACGUCCAAGGGGUGGUGGGGUGAUCGUCCGAGUGUGGUGAUGGUGGUGGCUGUGUGGUGUUGUGGUGGUGACCAGAUCUCGUCUCUCUCUUGUUUACUUGUUCCAGAUCUGUUCAGAUCUCCUCUCCCUUGUCUCUUGUCUCCAGAUCCAGAUCCGGAUCUAGGCUAAGGUGGAGUGUUUCGAACCCAACCUUCUUUCAUGGUUCUGUAUACUCCUAUAUGUUGGGGUUAGGUUUGAUUAGACCCUGUUUGGGAGUUAGGUUGAUAGUACAUGGUAUUGCUAGGAUGAUAGAUGAAUGGAUCAUGAUGCAUAAGAACCCUCAUAUUGAUAAAUGGGACUUGAUGAACUGAAUUGAAUUGUUGUGGUAAUGGCUGUUUGGUAGUUGAUACUUGUAUGUUUGGUUGUGUUGUCCCAUGUGUGGUUGUGAUUGAAGUUAGGAUGCUAGAGAGAAAUAAAUGCUAGGAUUAUAGAUGAGUAAUGAUUGUUAAUGUUAUUGAAGUAGAACUUGAAUGCGAUGUGUAUUGUGUGACACCGAAAACGGGUGGCGUCUAGUGAUUGAGUCCAAGUACAAGUAGGAAUGAAAAGGGAAGUAAUUGGGAAUGGGAAGGGUUAGGUGAAAACGAUAAGGAAGUGAAAGGAUAAGUAAAAGGAUGAAAGAAUGUUGUUAAGGUUAAGCAUGGGUGGGAAAGCAUAUAGAGAGUCUAAGGAAAGUAGGUGGGGUAAGUGGUCCACGCUAGGUAUCCAUAGGAGAUGUGGCGAAUCCACAUGAAUAUGGAAGCACCCAUAGGAGAUGUGGCCAAUCCACAUGAAUAUGGGGUAGAAGCCUAGUGGGGGGCUACCCACUGAGGAAAAGAGGAAAAGAGGAAAAGAGGAAAAGAUGAAAAGAUGAAAAGGAUAUGCAUUGUAGGGUUUUAGCUCAUGGUCGGGUACAGGAAGUUAAAGAAGUCAUAGGAUCGAGUCGGACUGGUAAGAUGAGUCGGUUAAGUCUAGGGAUGGCGUGUGUGGCAAUGAGUGAGAUCAUUGUAUUGAUUGAUUACUAGGUUGUUAGAAAUGAAUGGAAGUGUGUGUGGAAAUUACAGAUGGUGAUAGGAAAUGAUAAAAUGCAUUAACUGAUUGUAGUGGCUAGUCAGUCCUAGUUCCCGCAUAGAGUAGUAUAGAGUGUCAUGCGGGCAGGCUGGUCUAGAGUCACUUCACUGAGUAACUUGUUGCUCACCCCCUCCAUUUCCAUUUUUCCCUGUGCGCAGGACUGUAAGUAGAAGUAUAUGGAUGUGGGUGUGACGAUAUUUCAAAGAAGGUUAUGCGCUCGUCUCUCGGGACCAGUAACGGGACACGUAGGGUUGUCUAAAUGAGUAGACACGUGUCCAUAACGCCCCUUCGAUAACCCCGGUCGGACGCCGGGGGAUCGGGCUGUUACAAGAAGCAUCACACUCGGAACACUCAUGGGGUUUAGUUUCACAGCAACCAUGCCGAUGAUGCCAUUCAGAGCUUCUUCUCAACGCCACGUGUCUCCCUCCAUCUCAAUCUCACGUGCCUCCAGCUCCAACCCUACAAGACGCAACCAGAGGAAGCGUCCUCCUCCGAACUCGUCUGAGCGGCAUCGCCGUCGCAAGUGGUGGCGCUUUUGCCGAGACGACGACGACAACGCCGGAAACGGGAUGCACCGUGGGUCCGGAGAAUGCAGACGGUCAUCGCUCGGAGAGUAUUUGGAGGUGGAACGGAGGUCUGGAGACGAAGCUGUAUUUGGCUCAGCCGAGGCGGAGCUAGAGGGUGCGGUGGCGCGUUAUAAGGAACAGCAGCCGGCGGCGGUGGCGGAAAGAGCGUUGUUUGCUGACGGGAGGGUUCUUCCUCCGGCUUCAGCUGAGGUUGUUAGCGGAGAAGGUACGGAGGCGGUUACGGCACUUUGUAGAUUCCCGGUUUCCUUAACCGGUAUAUGCAGCGGAGGCGGAGGAUAGAUCCGUCGGUUGUAUUUUAAUAUUUGUGUGUUCAAUAUUCAAUAUUUUUUAGAAUGUGUAAUCAUAGUCUGUGGAAAAAAAUGGGACGCAGUUCAAUAACA